AUGCACCUCCUGACAGGAUUGAACCUUUUGCUUGCCCUUGCUACGGCUUCGAGUGGCAGGCCCUUGAAGAGAACCCAAGAUGUCGAGAUCACCUUCAUAGGUGCAGCCAAUGCGGAGUUCUCGCAGAGCUUUCCUAUUGAUGGCUCGACCGUCUCUAUCUCUAAUGUGCUGAGCAUUUCGCACAUUAUGUCCAGCGAUGCGAAUGUCCAGUGCACGUUCUAUGGUAUCGAUAACAGUGUCACGGACGUGACCGGGGCCGAGACCGUUGAUGUUGGCCCACCCCAGACCCAGACUUCUGGAUCCUGCUCGGCGAAUUCGGGAUCCGGAUCGCCUCCUACCUCUCCGCCUAGCUCCGGGGGAAGUGAAGGACAAAGUGGAAAUCAACAAUCUGUGCAGGUUCUUUUCAUUGGGGCCGCGAAUGCUGAGUUCGCUCAAAGCUUCCCUGUUAAUGGUCAAGCUACGCAGAUUACGAAUGUUCUGAGUAUUUCUCACAUCGAGUUGGAAACUGGGGGUGUGGAGUGUACUUUCUAUGGUAUCGAUAAUAGUGUGACGACCGUGAGUGGGGCGCAGUUGGUGGAUGUUGGUCCUCCCCAAACCCAGGUGUCUGGCUCGUGUUCGGCAAUUCAAUAG